GAGCUUCUCCGCCUGGGUCGCUGCAGAGAGACGCACGGCCUGUUGAGCUCUCGCUGAUGUACGCGUUUCACAGCUGUGGAAAUGAUUGGAAAUUAUGAAUCACCGUGCAUGGGUGGAACAAAGUGGUGCAGGGCCGCUUCCACCGUCCCCCACUUUGGAUCUUCCCAAAAUGUCAACGUGUCGUCUUACAGGGUUGGUAUUUUUAGCUCGGGGGGCACUGACGCUCCACCCUGAGUUUACUGCCUGGCCCACAUCCCAUGGAGAUCUGAAUCCUGCUCAUUUAGUGUCCUGACACCUGUUUUUAAAGGGAGGUAGGUGGAGUUUCCCCUCUCCCCCGCUCCCAGACCCCAGCUCGGCUCACAGCGGCUGGGUGUUGCCACUCUCCGCUCUCCUGCUGGUCACCCCAACGCUCCUGGUCCAGGUCUCCUGACUCAACCUGUAGAUUCCCAUCCUCUGCCAAACCUCUCCCCAACAUCCCGAUGGAGCAGCACAAGCUUCGCUCGGCAGGCGUCCAGGAGAAGCUGGAGAUCGUCGGGGUGGAGGACGAGGCGGGCAACCCCAUCAGCGCCCUCACCAUCCUGUCCCUGCUGGAGCGCGUGGCCGGCAUCAUCGACAACGUGCAGUCCUGCCAGCAGCGCAUGGAGGAGCGUCAGCUGGAGCUGGAGAACAACAUCAAGACCAUCCAGGGCGACGUGCUGAAGCUGGCCAAAGACCACGGCGACACCAGCGGCACCGUGGAGAAGCUCCUGCAGAAGACCCGCAAGGUCAGCGCCAACGUCAAGGAGGUCCGCGCCCGCGUGGAGAAGCAGAACGUCCGCGUCAAGAAGGUGGAGUCCACGCAGGACGAGCUGCUGACCCGCAACAAGUUCAGAGUGGUCAUCUACCAGGGCGAGACGGAGGUCCCCUCCGUGGCUGUCACCAAAUCUCCCAAAGGACCUGGGCUGGAGGGCUUGGAGAUUGAGCCGGAUGCCUACGACAUCCCUGCGGACCUCUCCUCCGACGAAGAGUACCUGAGAGACGAGGAGCCAGAUCCCUCUCGAGCCGCUCGAAUCAAGAAGUCCAUGGUAAAGAGCACGGAGACCCUGAAGGCCGCCUUCUCUAAGGAGAACAUGAGCAAAACUAAAGACAACCUGGGCACCAGGUUCCACAACCUGGGCGAGAAGGUGAUGCCGCCGGAGAGGAGGGAGAAGAUGCACCAGGCAGGGGAGAGGCUGAAGCAGUCCGGCGAGCGGCUGAAGGAGAACAUCGCCAAGAAAGCUCCAACCAAAGAGACCUUCCGCAUCAAGCUGAAGAAGGAGAGGGCCGUGGCUGAGGGCCAGGAGGGAGCCGAGGCGGAGGCGGAGCCAGCCGGCGCCGUAGAGGAGAAGCCGGGGAGCUCUGUGGAAACAAAGAGGGAGGGACCGGUGGAGGACGCUGGAGCUACCCGGAUAUCAGAGUAACAGAAAAACUCCUAGAAGCAGGAAGCAGGACACUGGAGCAAGGUCUGAGAUCAGAGAUGGUUGUCCCAAUAAAUAGAAAUUAUUUGGGUGGGUGGGGGGGACUUUAAAUCUUAAAGAAGGAAUUAUUUAUAAAGUAUAUGAAUCCAGGGAAUCAGAUGUUUGUUUCUAAUCUUUUAAACAUCUAAAGCUGUGAGACGUGAUCAGGUUUAGGGUUCAGUAGGAAGCUUCUCUGAUUCAUACGAAGGAUCGGAGAACCGAUGAGGCGGAGCAGGUUUGUCGCUUAAACAUGACCGCAGGGAAGGAAGGUGAAGUUGGAAAGUGAUGCUGAAGGUUUUCACUCGCGUAACAGUCGUUUAUCUAAAUGUACAUAUAAUCCUGUACAAACGUCCAGUUUCAGAAGGCGAAUUGGCUUCAGCUGGUCUGACGUCAGACUAGUCUCCGUCUGCAAGCCAGAACAUCGGCCGGAGCUUAGAUAGAGCAAAGCGUAGAAGACACAACGAGGUUCGACCGCCUAGAAGCUGAAAGCUGCCUGCAGAGCGCACGAACGCCACGCGGCGUCGGUUUUAAACAUAGAUCAGGCUGCACACUGUCUUUGUUUACAAAUAUGUCAGGAUUGUCACAUCAUAAACAACUUUUUUUUGUAUUUAUGAUGCACCUGAAUAAAAUUGGUGCACAUUUCCCCAACAUCUGGCCUACGAAGCCUGGAAAUCUUUCUCCAGAGCAGCAGUUUCAUCGUGAUUUUUGUGAUAAAAACUAAUAAAAAUGUAGAUUUAAGAGUAAUGCAGCCCUCUUCCAAGCAGCACUGACCUUAAACAGUCUGUAAUUAAUCAUCUGGAAGUGAACAGCUUCCAUUUUAGUUCUGGGGUCAUUUUCUUACAUGAUUGUUAAAAUAAUUGCUGCUUUUUAUGACCAGAUUUUUUAAGUGCAGCCAGCGCACUGAGUUAAUUCACCUGAGAUGAUUACUGAGUUCACCGCUUUGAUUGGACUUUAAAUUUUCUACUCUUCAAUCAUCGGAGGCUCUUAAUUUUUCCAGUAGAAACUUGACUUUUAAAACACAUACAGUUCAUUAGAUUUCUUCAGGAGAAUAUCUCUAUGGUAUUAAUGUCUUUGUACUGCUACUAUUCAUGUACUGCAGUAGGGAAACUUAUUUAGGUUUAUUCUUUUUUCAUUUUUUGACCAUAUUUUAGUUUCGACAUCUGUUUUGUUUUCAAUAGAAUUACUCAGAAAGUCCUAAAUGCUGAAACGAGAAAAGAAACCAUAACAGUUAGUGUCUCUCUCACUGUAUUGUUUGUGUUGUGAUUUUGUAUUAAUAAAAUUCACCAGAAACAAAAUAAUCACCUCUGCUGGAUCAAAAAAAUAUA